AUGAUUUGGGUUGUUCUUCUUGUAGGGGCCAUAGUAGUUUCUCUCACUGUGUGUGCUUGUGUAUUGUGGGUUCGACAUUAUCAAGACACCUACGACAAGAGUCUUUUAUCGAACAUAAUAACUGUAGUGAGCUUUUCAUUGGUGACCUCAUUGUUAGUGAUUAUUCCCAUUGACAUAUACUCUGCUGUAUCCACGAAGCCCGAGAAUCGAGUUGCCGGUGAUGCUUCGACUUUGACCACUUCGAUCUUUUACUAUUUGUUUGAGUUACUGAGUUUGUUAUGUGUGACGUGUGUAGUUCCCUACGCAUUCUUUUACGUCGAAGAUUAUGACGAAGACGAGAAGAAGAAGUCUAUAUGGCAGCGGAUCUUCAAAGUAGUUCGCUUUGCCUUUAUUAGUGGCGUGAUAAUCUUUGGCAUCUACAUCAUUGGGAUAUUUGUUCCAUUCACCACAACGAUUCCCCACCUUUCGAGCACAACGUCGGAGGAGUUGACGCCAAUUGAGAAAUGGGAGAGUGCCAUUCUACCGACCAAUUGGUUUGAACGGGGGUUUCAGUUUCUUCACGCGUGUAUCACUAUCUUUGGGUUUCUGUUUCUGUUGACGUACACGGUAUAUGGUAUGGCGGACGCUGGGAUCUCAUUGUUAAAAGGACAACAAGACGACGCGGAAGCGUCUUCCGCGAUCUAUGAACGUCUUGAGAAGAUUGAGAGAGAAAUUGAUGAGAUAAAACGGCACAGCGAUGCUAAGACUGGGAGACCGAAAGAUGUGAAGACACGGCGACGGUUAGGACAGCUUCGUGUAUAUGAGAAGAAGUUACGGCGGGCACAAGAGAAGGUAGAAGGGAGAGAUUCAUGGAUUUCCUUAUUAAAAGUGAAGACGCGGGGGUUUGGGAUUUUCUUUGGAUUAGUUUUUACGUUACUUGGUGCUGUUAUAAUAGUCUCGCUGUUAAUUAGUUUAGUAGUUUCGAUAGUCAAGAGCAGUUGUGGAAUCACUUGUGGCUUUGUUCUUGAUGAUCCAAAUAGUUUAAAUCCAAUUGAUAUGGCGCUGCGGAUGUUGGGGAUGUUCUUCCCAUUAGAUUAUCUUUUGUAUGGUAUCUUAAUAGGAUUUGUUAUCUUCUCCACAUUGAAUGGGAUAGUCAAAAUCGAUGUGCGAAUUUUUUGUAUUCAACUCUUCGAAGUCAAAGUAAAAGAAACAUGGCCACAAGGUUUACUAGCAACAGGGGUCAUAGUCACAUUCGCUACGUAUGCUUUCCUCAACCUUUUAUAUUAUUUCGCUCCUAUCUAUUCCACCUUUGGCAAUCAGAAGUACUCAAUUGAUCAAGAGACAAUCCAAUGUAGUCUUCAAGCUCCAGUCGAAAUGUGUAUGCUAAGUCGAACAGGAUACAUCGCACUCAUUAAUCAACUCGGAUAUAACUUCGUCGCUAUAUUCAAUUACUUCGCUGCUUGGGCGUUUUGUGUCGGGUGGGGAAUCUCCAUAGCCGUGUCGUUCUUCCUUAAGAAGAAGAAGAGGGACGACCUUGAAAUGGAUCUAUUGAAUUGA